AGUUGUCUUUGCACAGACACAAUGUCUGGUCAUUGUCCUACCAAUGUUACCAACUUCAGGCCCGGCAGAAAUCAUUUGACUCGUAAAGGAGGCCAACACUCGCGCAGACACAUCGGCUUCAAUAAUAUGAUCAAUUGUAUUGAUAAUCUUAACAAUUCUUGUUUCUACAAUUUUUAAAGUACCCAGUGCAGAAUUCCAGGUUAUACCUAACCAGUCCAAUAAUUGGCUGGGUUCCAAUACCGAUUUCUCUCUGUUGAUGACAUAAUCCGUGUUAUACAAAUCCCCCUUACAGCUUGGGCCUUAAUGCGACAACUUUCUCUAUCCUGAACAAUCGCCCAAUCAUCGUCCAACAAGAUGGCUGCACAAAGACCGUGUAUUCUCAAAUACUUUUCUAAAGGCUUCAAACCUUUGUGAAAACAUAAGGGGCCGAGCAAAGACCGAGCGGGAGCACAGUGGAAAUUAAACAUAAAAUACUUAAUUGACGGAAUCAAGCACCCGCCAUGAAAACCCCAGAAAAGGUUGGUGCUGUUGUGCAAUAUCGACAUAGUGAUAACCACUUUUUAAAUAAAAAAGAAAACAUGUACGCGUCUUUCGCAAAAUAAGUCAUAGCAAUUUUCCAGUCCUCGUACAGUAUGUUGCCCAGUAUCCAGACACUUCAGUUUAAGAUUGCAAUAACUUUCCUUUAUUAAUCGCAAGAGCUCUGAAAUUUGGCCCAGAGAAAAUCUAUCUAGUCGUUAAUAUGACGAAAGACAGUUUAACUUUUUUGCCUUUGUUUCCAUCGCGAAAUUAAUAUUUUUGCAGAGCUCCUAUGUUGCCCAGUAUCCGGACAGCUGGCCCAGUAUCCGGACACAACAAUAACAACGUAAUUGUACAUAGAUUUCGACAGGCAAGGGAGUUAUAAGCUUCCGUUGCACUUGUAAAGUAGUCUGGCAAUCGAUUCCAAAAAUAUAACCUGGCAUCGUGAAAUAAAACAUAACAAAUGACCGGGGUAUGGUGGGGAACGCGAGCGGCUGUUUUAAAAAUGGCAUAAUUCUUAUCUCCUUGUCUAGGAACUUUUUCACUGAUUUAAGGAAGGCGUCCGUGGACAUGCCGAAGCCGCAGUUUGCAAGCUCAAUUAGCCAAUCUGCAAACGACUUUCUUUCUUCAUUUUUUAUUUUAAAAAAAGCUUGGGGAAGGGACUUCAACAAGGCGGUCGGAGGUCACCCUCCUAUUUAGUCUGACCUGCAGUGUUGAUUUCUUCAUGCUCAGUCCCCACAAUAAGCCUGCUUUUCUAGCACUAAUUCCUCCGUCUUUCACAUCUCUCAAUCCCUUUGUGACAUUUGUCAGACCGUUGCAACCCCAUUCUAGCAGUCACAACUGGGGAAAGUAUGAAAAGUCCAGGUUCAACUCAGACGCUUUCAGUUAUAUAUUGAAAAUGCAGUCACGCGAAACAAGCCGUGCACACGAAAUCAAGUCGCCUCUGAAUGAGUGAAGAAAAUUUCCAUAUGGAGUUGAGUAGAAUCACAUUUUACGACUAUAUCAUAUAUCCUAAGCUUUAAUUAUGGUUACUGAUAUGAAAUAAAUUUUAUCCGGAUAAUGUACACAGCUAAUUCAUCGAUUCUGUACAGCAAAGAAAAAACUGUCCGGAUACUGGACACGUGACAUCAAAACUUAGUGAAUGUUUCUGGCCUCCGUUAUUCUAAACAAAUCGAAUUUCAAGAAGAAUUAAUAAACUUUAUGAAAACCUGACUUCCUUAAGUAUCUUUACUUUAAAAAUAAAACAGUUUCUUUGAAAAUAUCACACAUUACCCUCCCUUUUCUGAGGGAGUAAAUAACAGGGUAAAUAUUAGCCAUGAAAAGUUUACUCACCUAAACAGAACGGCGUCUUCCUCGACUGUUUCGCAAGCUUUCAAAUCGCCAAAACUUUCAUCUUAAAGCUGAAAUGUUCAGCUUUCAUUCGAAAUACUUCGUUUACCGAGAACUGAAAAGGGCGCCUCAAAAAUUGAGUUUUUGUUUCAAGUGUCCGGAUACUGGGCAACAUACAGUACUUAACGCUUUUCUUAAUUAAAGACUUCUUGACAUCGCGUAAAUCAAGAAUUAACCUCUUCUUAUAUUAAUUACCGCAUGUCUGUAUAGAAACCGACAAGGGGUUUGCAACUAAAGGCUGCUCGUUAACCAUACGCACCGGACCAGAGUUAACAAGCUCAAGAACGGCUAGGUCAUCCGGAGCACCUAUAGAUCUCCAGAAACCUAAAUUAUUCUUGAAAUUACCUUUGACACCUAAUGAAUAUCCGCUUUCAAGUUCGUUAUGGCGUGUAAUUUGAUCUAACUCCUCUAUUAAAGUCAUCUUCAUUACUUUGAUUGAGUUGAUUGGCCUGCGGUUGGCUUGUUGUAGGAGAUUCCAGGGCAAGUAUUGUAGCUAGGUGACAGGUAGCUUCCCGGCCAGAACAUGUAUCUACAGUCCUUGGCCCAGUGUCCAAAUAUGCCGCAUUUGAAACAACUUAAGAAGUCGCCAGAAGCGUCUCUACGGCCUUAAAGGUAAAAGCAAUGACGAAACCUGUAGUAGAGGGGAGGUGGGGUGGGGGUGGGCGCAAACCAGAAAGAUGAAUAGACUGUAUGGAACCGCGAGCGUGAAUGGUACUCAGGAGACAUCGGAGAUUUUAAAUACUAAUGACUGGCCAAUCAGAACAUGUAUGUAAAACAGAAUGCUCAAUAGUGGUUGCGGCAGGUGUGAAACGAAAACAACUGUGACUAAUUACUUGGAAUAACAGCAGAAAAUACAUUUGUUACAUUACUUCUAACUUGAUAUGCACACUUUAUGUGAGGAAUAAGCUACUAGAACCACUAAAUACUCUUAGCUACGUUGUAUUUUUUUUCUUCAGAAAAUAAAAACCUAUUUAAGAACCUACAUAGCCUAAACUUGUGCUAACUACCAUUUAUAUGCAGCUUUUUGAUCAUGGGAUUUUUGCAUGUAGGGCUGACUAGGCAUUUGGAGUGUUUUGCGCCAGAGUCGCCAUUAGCAUAGUGGGUUUUCAGCUUGUUUAACUGUGGGUUUUCUUUUAUUCAACAAAUGCAGUGUGCCGAACGACUGAACUCAUUUGACAUAAUAUCUAGACGUCUGGCUACCUUAGGGCCUAUUUACAUGGAGGUGGGGGAGCCCAGGUACCGUAGGUGAGGUAACCCGCUUAGGUGUGGUUACCCGCCCCUCCAUAAAAUCUCUCAUUUUAAUUUGUUCACGUUUACAUGAUUUGUGGGGUGACCCGCCGCGGGUUACCUCACCUACCUGGGGUUCCCCCACCUCCAUGUAAAUAGGCCCGUAGAAUAGAGCCUUCCCAUAAAAGAAACUGAAAUGAAAGCGAACAACAAAAACUGUUAGAAAAAAUAACUGAUAUAGAAGCGUCUCCAGUAAUCAAAGUCGCCGGUAGGCGAGGGAGUCAUGAAAUAGAUACCAGUUUCCGACCGAGAAGAAAUAAUCACGUAAGAUCGAGGCCAAAUCUGCCAGUCCAAGAUGGCGCCCAAACCGUGAAAUCAAAAUGGCUUCCAAGUCGAUACCCGCGGAACUUUGUUUUUCCCUUGAGAAUAAUGACUCGAAUAAUAUGCGUUCUCCUUUCUUCGAACGCAAUUACAAAAGCGUGAAUAUUUUUUAAAUAAUAGACCCUUCCACGGUUUUUUUUUUUGAAAGAUCAGUAAUAUCCAUUUACACUGCUGGAAAGAGGGCCUUAAAAUAAGGCAACCUACCAAGUUGAAAGGUGAUGCGUCCAAAGAGAGCGAAGAUAUUGCUCAACAAAGUCGCAAAAUUUUACAGACGGUUUGUUUGGUUCUAACUUCUUAUUGGCAACUUCACUGAGUUUAAGGCGUUCUCUCUAGACCUGGGAAGGGUCUAAUUUACGAUUUGUGCAGUUUUCCUUAAUACCUAGAAUAAACGCUACGUCUUCCCCAUGGGCAACUCUUGGUACUUUUCUACAGUUGUUGGAAAAAAAAACCGCUUAAAGUAUUUUUUGAUUACAAUUUUGUCUCGCUGGAGUCCAGAAUUAAGCCAUCUAUUAUUAAAAGCGGUGCGCUUCCCAUUCAUCUUUAGAUUCCACAUUGAACCCAUUUCUUGCAACACAGUAAAAGAACUCCCUAAUAUAGCUUUGAUGUGAAUGGACAAUGGAGAUAAUUUUAUUUCAUUGACUAACAAGUUAGAACCAACUCGUACGACAGAUAAUAAUCAUGCAAAGUGAGGUGGAUAAAAGCACCUCCUAUAACCUUCGUGUCUGGAGGCUUCUCAACGCAAGGAAUCAGGGACGCAGUCUGUAAGAGUGAGAUCCUUAAUUUGGUGCUAUACAGUGCUAGGUGUAGGUGUUUGCUUACGGGAGAUUAAAAAUGCAGGUUUUUAGUGGUAUGUUGAAAUUACCAGGACUACAGUUAGGUGUCUGUUUAUGCGGCUUGUCCUCUAGUGGGAAGUGCUCAUUGCCGGGUGUGAUUCUGAAAAGGAAAUCGUACUUUGUUAUUUCAUUUUACUGUUAUUAUUAUUAUUUUUUUUUUAUGAAAAAAUUUUAUUGACAACAAUGCUAACUAUUAAAAUCCUAUUUACAAUUUUUUUUAAACAACGCUAAGUAUUAAAAUCCUAUUUACAAUUAAUUCGCUUGACAAAAAGAAAAAACUAUUCAUUCAAAACACUAUUUACAUGUCCUGUCGAUUCAAAAAGCACUUAAUUUAGCUUAGAAAGAGUUAAUUUCGCUAAGAAAAAUUUAUUCGAAUUAAAAACAUUUCAUUUCAAUAAAAAAAAGAACUGUCAAAAUUCAAAUUGUCAAAAUGUCAAAAUUCAAAAGUUUCUUUCAACUGUUUCGUUAUUAUUAUUAUUAUUGUUGUUAUUUUUAUUGUUAUUGUUAUUGUCAUUAUUAUUUUUAUUAUUAUUAUUAUUAUUAUUAUUAUUAUUGAUUUCAGGCUUGAACAAAUCCUUGAAUAUGCUGAAGACAUAGAAAUAGACGUUCCACAUUUUUGGAAUUACCUCGGAGAGCUCUUGGGUCCAACUGCCUUUGAUGGAAAUAUUGACCUGAAUAAAUUGUUUAAAUGUGUACUAAGAUAUGUGCCAAACCACAAGGCUGCAAAACUCUUUGCAUACAUGCUGCAAACAGCCACAAAUGACACGGUGAGUUGAAUAUACAUUGUAUUAUCAUAGGUAGUUGGAGCCCAUGUCACCUAGUUCACAUAGCUAACGUGCAGUGUACAUGUAGCUUACAAGCUGUGACACUUCAGAUUUGAGUUUUUUGAAAGUUACUGAAUCACAUCCUUUUUUUCUCUACCUAGAGUCGGGAAGAUGUGUCGGCAAUUUUAAAUAGAUAUGAAGUGUCGUUAAAUACCUUCUUUGAAAAUGAAGAGGAAGUCAAGCAAUUCGCAAAGGACCAGGUACAUGAAACAACAACGAUUUUUUAAAAUCGUUGCUAGUCUGUACACCUGAGACAACCAUGUUAAAGUUCUACAUGAAGCACCAUAGAAGAGAAGAUCAGAUGAAAAGGUCCCUGACUGUGCUUUUUAAUCGACCAGCUUUGUAUGAUAUUAUACUUGUGUUCUUUAGCUUUUGUCAACUUUCACGUAUAUUGAAACGUCGGUUAAAUAUCUAAUACGUUCUGCAAAGAAAAGAGGGCAAGAGGUUUCUGUUUCAAGUAAAGUUAGGUUAGAAAGUUCCUGUCGGCUUUUCUUUAGUUCUGCUGACCAAUGUUUAGCAUGUCUUUAAGUUGCCUUUGUAAAUGACACGGUGAAAAUAAACUAAGAAAUAUUAUAUGGCUUGCAUAGAAUGACAAAUGUGAUAGGAAAUUUGACUUUGUCUUUUUGUUAUAUUUAAUAUACUAGUAUUUCCCUUUUAUUUCCAUUCCUUUUUUAUUGGUCAGUUUCCUUUUUUUUUUCUUUAGAAUAUAGAGUUUGCCCUCGGACAAGGCAAGUCACCUCUUAAUACUGGUUCAUCUAAGCAGCAUUUUGCUAGAAUACAAGAAGAACUUAGGACUCUUAUAUUAAGAAGAAAAGCAAAAAAUGAUGAAGUGUUCAAUUGGAUUGAUGUAAGUGAAAUGACACGUGAAAGUUUAUUGAAUUAUGUCAGUGGUCUAAUGACGUAUGUUUCUUUUAAGUAUGUUAACCAGCGAUCAGGCAGUCCUUCAUCCCUUCGGCCGUCCGCAGACUUUCUCGCUCUGUCGGAAAAAAAUAACGCCUGAUCGUUGGCUUUAAGUAUGUUUGUAUGUUUGUCUCUGUUGCACGUUGGUGGGCCAAAAACGUUCAAGCUACUGUAUUCAUAAAUGAUAGCGGAGCUCCGUGCGCGAAGCGCGCCUGCGGAGCACCAUGGGUAAAUAAAUCUACCCAUCCCAGAAAAUUUGGUAAUCACGUGACCGACCGACCGAGCGACCGACCGACCGUCCGUCCGCACCACAGGAAUACCAAUGUUUACUCUCACACUUUUUAGCUAGGUUGGGAGCCCAGGAGAAAGCUGACUGCACAUCAAUGUUGUCAUCAAUUGACAGCUGUCAAAACAGGGUAUCCGCUGACCAGUAUCACCUGACCGUAUCGCGGGCUCAGGUGUCGACCCAUCAAGGUCGAGUGUUUUUUUGAAGUUAUCCGCUGACAAUUUACUCGUUUUCAAAUGAUCGCAGGCUCACGUUUACUUUUUUUAAAAUUCACAUCAAAUAUGUUGUGUUUAUGUCAGUAUCGUCCCGCACUAUUAAGAUUUUGAUUUCAAACUGACCUCAGACGCAAAAAUUCAGCCAGUUUUUUUAAAAUACAGGGGGGGAAGACCAAGGGAAGACCUUUUCUUACCAUGGUCACGUGUUGAUCACGCUCCACGUCCAAUUUUUAUGCUCUGAUUGGUUAAAAUUUGACAGGUGAGUUCAUGCAUAAAAUUUAUGCAGCAUCUUGAAAGUUGUUUACUUUGACAGCUGAAGCUGACAGAGUUUGAGUCAACUUGUGAUGUUUUUAACUGUCUUUUUCCACUGGAUGUACAAAAUGAAAUACAGCUGCUAUCAAGAGUGUUCUCUUAUUCAUGGCUGGUUUGUUUGUUGGGUUUUUGGUCGAGAAAUGCGUCGCUUGUCAAAGCCGCUAAUCCGAUUUCGAAUGGCAUCGUUUUUGUUUUUCACCUUGCUGGAUGCGUACGAGAAUUAUAAAGGCUCAAGCGAUCCUUGCCUUACUUGAUAGCUUUCAGGAGCUGGAUCUCGAAUUAUGGUAAGCCUGAGUAAUUAUUGUAUUUAAAUAUAAUUUCAUGAAGUCCAGCGGCGCAGUUUAUGAAGCUAGUUUAUGCACGUUUGUAUUAAGAUUUGACUGAGACACUGAUCUGACCUAGUAUGAGGUUUGAUAUAAGCUUAAGCUUACAGAACUUUAAAAAGCCUUUAGUCGAUAUUAAUUCACCGUAAAUAGAAAGAAAAGACUUUCCGAAGAAUACUUAGUUAUAAUUUUGGCUGUAGAAAGAAAGCUUGGAGCGACUUUCUUGUCGUGAGUUCAUCUUUGAAAACAGCAAACACCGGGAAACCGGCGGCUUAAAACAUAAACUUCAUCUUUAAUCUUAGUAAAGACCUGAGGAUUCUUAGAGACACUUAAAUACUCAUUUGUUUUCGUGAAUGAAAAUUGUUGUCUCUGUAAAUGUUCUACCGAAUUGUAUUUCUUUAUUGAUUGUUGGUAGUCUCAAAAGUGUAAUUUUCAUCGCUUUUCCGUUUGUUUUCAGCCGUUCAAAAACAUCGCUUGCAGGAGUACUCAAAAUACCGAGCGUAUCAAAGGUUUUUUAAGAUUACACAUCGUUAUAAAACCAUUAAUAAAAAAUAGACUCAAUAAAUUCUUUAUCACGUUGAAGCGUAACUCUUUUAAAAUUUCUUCGCAAAUUUGGCGCUUGUCAAAAGUUAGAACCGGCUGGCCGUAUAGAUGAUUUUGGAAAUUUUUUGAACGGUUUCGCUAAUUAAAAGUCCACGCUUGCUUCGAUGGUCCUGAAUAUUGAAUGAAUUCAAUUUGUCUUGAAAAAUUGUGAAAUACUGCAUUUUGUACGAGGUCUGUAUGAUAAAAACAGCGCCUCGUGGUACUCUUUCUCCUCAGAUGUGGUGUAUAAAAAAAUAAAUAAAUAAAAGAUUGGUUUGCACGCACCCAGAUUUAUUGGCAAGAAUUUGUAAACUUGUCGAACGCAAAAAAUUCGACCUGAUUUGUUUUCCAAGAAUUUGUUUUCCACGCCUUAUCUACUGUGAUCAAGAGCCAUUAUUGCUCUUAAAUGUGACCGAAGACUAUUUUUUGGGUGUACAUAUAAGGCUAUAUCAACUCGAUACAAGAUUUGUUUCACUCCAAAAUCACUUACCUUUUCCGUCAAAAGUCACAUGAAUGUGCCCUUAAGUUAACUGAUUUGUGGAACACAAAAUUGUUGUUUGAUUUAAGUUAUAAAUUUAUCAAUGGGAGCUUCGCUUUUAGCCGUGGCUAAAUCUAUAUAUUAUCAAGGAACCAAUGAGAUUUUGGAGUCAUAAAAUUACAUCGCUUAAGAUCAAACAAAGCGACUUUUAAGACUUUCAUCUUGGUCCUUCACAUUUUUCAAUCUUUUAGUUUGACUAAAGGGCAGUGAUAUACUUUUAAAGGGUUCAUAUUUUUAUGUGGCUGCUGCCUUAAAAAUGUGCGAUCUUAUUCAACUGCAAACGGUACAUGUUACUGUUUCAUAGCUGGUGAAAAGUUCCAGCUGUACAAAAAACAUAUCUUGAAGGUUCGCAAUAUAAGCUAUGUUAUAUUUAGCUAUUGACUUUAAACGUGGAAUUAUGCAUAAUUGUGUUUUUAGAAGUCCGAAAAACAAGUGCUAUUAAUCUCGUAAACGCUAGGAGGUUUCAUUCUGUCACCGAACUGUAAAAGGAGCAAAGUUAGCGACUUUUUACGUGCAAUCUGCGCGCACAACCACAUCACGCACACUUACUGCUGUAGUUUCAGUAAAGAUUUUAAUUCUCCUACAACCAAUGAUUUUGAUCUCUCUGAGUUUCAUAUGUUGAUGUUCAUUCUUCUAUUUAAAAAAUUGGUUGAAUUUGCAUGCUGAAGGCAAGACAAAGAAAAUUGAAUCGGCAGCAAUCAAGAUAGACUCAAGUGUCCGCAGCUUGCACGUUUUUAACCGUUAUUUUGUUACUUCAUUGAUUUCAUGUACAGCAAUAAUAAAUUCUGUACAAUUUCAAGCUAUAUAUUAGUCUGAAACUUGAGUAAAAUGGGGAUACUUAAGUGUUUACCUAAGUGAUAAAAGCUUUUAUUAUAUGGCUGAGUCUGUUUUCACCAUGCGAUUGGUCAAUUUGCGGUCCGUAACUUGUUAUACGGACCAAAAUUUUUCAAAGAAAAUGCUCAUUUCGGAGGUCUAAAUCUCUUUACCUCGGAAAAAAUGUUUAAAUAAAGUUAUAAGACGCCUGUCAACCUUGAGUGCUUGGAUGUUGACUUUGGCCUUCAACAUUUUAAACUGUGUUUAUUUGUGAACGAAGGCGAUGAAGAAACUACCUCGUAAUCUUAUCGAAGAGGAUUCUAGUCAGUGUUUGAAAAUUUUAUCGUAGUACACAGUUAAGAAGACGAAAAACGACUGGCAGUGAUUCGAGACGUUUUGCCUAAGAGAAAAUGAGUAAUUCCUUCAACAAAUAUGAUAACAAACAUACCUGCACCCGAUCAUCUUGACAAGCUUCUUUGCCAUUUGCAGUGUUUUUUCAAAGACCAACGAAAGAAAGGUAGAAGCGAGUUCGAGCCAGACGCAAUAAUGUCCAAUUUUCAAAAGACUUCAGCGUCACAUUAACGAGUGAAUACUUACAGUGCUCUUAGUUUCCAUCGAAUAAACUUUGAAAUAUGUAUGUAAACCCUGAGGACCUAGCUUUGUUUUAAUGAGAACGAAGCUGUUGUAGAAACUGAAUCGUAACCUUACCGAGGAAGAGAAUUCUAGUCAGUGUUUGAAAGUUUUAACGCAGAUCACAAUUGAAGACGAGAAUGAACUGGCAGAAAGAGAGGUUUUCCCAAAAACAAUUAACGAGCAAAUCCUUCGACAAUGACAACAAACUUACCUUGAAAAGCUUCUUUUCCUUUUGCAGUGUUUUUUCUCAAGAACAAACAGAGGAAAGAUGGAAACGACUUCUAGACAUACGCAGCGUCCGGUUUCCAAAUACUCCAGCGUUAAUUAAAGAGCUAAAACUUACAGUGCUCUUAGUUUUGAUCGAAUAAACUUUUUUAACAUGGCGAACUUUUUUAACAUGGCUAAUAAGAGGUAUUUAUUUAAGUAUUACGGUCCAUAAGUGCAAUACAACAGCCCAAGAACGUUUUACGUGCUUAUGUUUCAAAUGGUUUUUAAAUUAUUUUAUUGUUAAAUUUUACCUUACUUAUCAUUCCUCAGGCUUACCUUUCUUCGUAAUUCACACAUUUACCGGCAUUCCUAUUUCUUGUUUUUUUUUCUCUGCAGAGGAAUGUUUCCUCGGAAGAUGCAAAGGCGCCUCCAUUUAUUAGGGCCUUAGUAACAGUUGUUUGUGAAGGAGCAAUGGAGAGAGGUAAUGUUGUUUACAAACUUUCCUUUCUUUGCACUUUGUUUCGCUACUCAUCGAUAUUUGUGACAUUACGUUCUUUUGUGUUUUUUUAUUUUUCUUAACACAGGCUCCAUAUUCCCUGAUACUCCACUUUCUACUAUGUAGGCUGGUUUGCUGUUGAGAAUUUACCAUUUUUAUAAUAACACAAAUUAUGUGUAAUUACUUAUGCCAUGCUCAUGUUGGAUUACACGUUUACUGGUAAUCCAGUAGCUUGCACUAUGGUUCAAAAACUAGUUCAGAAACCAGUAAUAUAAAAAAAAUGAUAAGAAUCCCAACUGGGCGGAGACAAACCAGUUGGCUGUUUAUUGCAGUGUCCGAGGGAUUGAAUUCGGGACUAUUUAGAAACUUAUCUAUCCAGCGGUAGAGCGGGCAUUGAACUGCGGGGCCUCUAAAUUUCAAGUCAAGCACUCUAACCACGCGUCCACUCUGUCACUCUGCCUCCCUGUAUCAAAAACACAGGGAGCAGGAGUUGCCCAUGGUUAAUGUCAAGGAGGUAUUUUCGUCUGUUAAGUUUUUUGUUCAUGAAAACGUAGUGCAUACCUCCCUUUGUGAAUGACUCAUACACUGGGGUAAAAAUCUGCCAUGUAAUGCAGUAGUUUUAAUAAUAUGCCUGCAAAAAAAAAAUGCAAAAAAACUGUUAUGGGAAGUGCUUCCUGAUGAAAUUUGGUUCAUAUCUUGUUCAUAUCGUUACAGGACCUUUUAAGGUAAGGCGCUAAGUAUUGACUUAAGCACAGGAUUGAACUAACACAGCAAUGUCUUCGUGCCCUAGCCCAUUUAAGAGUGUUCACAUUUUUGGUUUCCUUCUUUAACAGAAGAUGGAGGCGUCUGCAAAUGUAACAUUAACAUCCUGAAGGAGAGAAAGCCUCUCCUUCAAAAAUACAUGGAUGACAACGUUAGUCUGGAAAUCCAAGCUGUUUACGCAGUGCAGGCACUUUUCGUUCAGCUGGAUCAUCCUCCAAGUAAGAAUGAUUAAUAGGCUAAAAUGUCCUUACUUUUACACAUACAAUGCUUAUUGAAGCAGUCAGAAGUUGUUUAAAGGAACAGGGGUCUUUUUUGCAUGAGCAUGCGCGACCGCUGACCUGUCAAAGAGCACGCGACCAGCGACAGCGACAGUGCUGCAAAGUCAUAGGAACCAAAUUGUUCACUUUGAAAGCUUGCUUGAGAUUGAAAUGGUAGCAGGAACUUAGGAAAGACCUUCGUUGUACAAAAUGAGUAAAGAUCUGUUAAUUUAAAGUGGAGACUGAUGUGCUGAACAAGGUGAAAGAGCAAGUUUCUCAAGGAUGUCUGACACCAACAUGGCUGCUUGUUGUUGUUUGGCGCUCGACUCGUGUCUUGAUUCCCCUUUAAGAACCUCAAAGUUUGGCAUAGAAUGCAUUGCUGAUGCGUAGCUACUGAGCAAAAUGUUCUUUAUUUAGUGUUUGUCUAUAAGUCGGAUGUAAAUCAGUUUCUCGAUGCCGUAGAGGAUUUCUGUCAAUUAUUUGUUAAUAGCUGAUUUAGCCAUAUUUCGGGAGUGGAUUAAUAACGAUCAGCGGGCGACUACCACGCCGUUUUCAGUUGGAAUAGAAAGUUUUUGCCUUAAGUAUUUUAACGAUACAAAGUCUGUUUAUAAGAAAAUUGUAGACCUUCUUGUUUUUGCGUGGACUAACAUUGUCACGCAUCUUUUGCAGGAAUUUGCUUUUAGCCAGAACUUAAAUGUUCUAAUGAUUUUUAACUUUUGGUCGGCAUCACAUGUUUACUGUACUUCUUGGGAAACCUAACCGUUUGUUUCAUCAAAAUCGGUCACAAGAUUGGACUUUAAUUUCGGUCCUAUUGAAUGCAGUUUUGACUGUGUCUCAUUGAUAUUCAUUUUUUUUAUUUUUCGAGACAUACAGAGUGACUACCACCAACAUCUCACCAGGUGACUAAUCUACGUCUCGUGUGCUCUUAAUUUUGUAGCUUUAAAGUGCUGGGAAAAUUGUAGAACAUAUAUUAAUUCACUGGUGAACUGAACAUCGGCUUUCGCACACUUCGAACCCACUCGCUGAAUUUUUUUUUUUUUUUAAUAUUUCUCUUCCUUUCCGAUUUCAAAACAAAGAAAAUUGAAAGUGUUUACUUGCAUCAACAAACGUUUCUGCACUUUGUUUAGACUUUGAUGAGGUCAGCGCAAUCCUCCAGGCACUACAUAUACGCGCACUGUUGUCCAGGUCAAGUGGGAAGAUGAAAUUUGAUAGUAGCUCGUGUAUGUUAAAGCCGGUCUACUUCGCUUUUGUUAAGACCAUGUUAGAGCUUUUUUUGCAAAUUACACAUUUUGUUAAAUCACGAGCACAUUCGCCAAGACCAACGAGCAAAAUAAUCGCUAUGAUAGCUUUGAGACGCGCCAUUUUGAUGAAGGCAAACCCUGUGGUGAGCCUCCAUGCACAUCGCUUGUUCAGCGGUCGCGCAUUCUCAUGCAAAAAAGACCCCUGUUGUUUAAAGGAGGUUUCACAGUUCGGUCCACGUGCGAGAUGUGACAUUUGCCUAUUGUCUUUAAACUACUUUUUUUCAAAACCAGUUGGAAGUGAGUGACAGUACGUCUAAGGUAUUCAGGUUCGUCAAAAAGUUGCAGAUCGACCCCCAUUUAUCUCUGCUGUUCCCCCGAGAAUGUAUAAUAUAUAGAUUUAGCCAGGGCUAAAAGCGAAGCUCUGGUUAAUAAUAUUUGUAAACAAAAGAAAUGAAAUCGUCUAAUGCUAAACGAGGAGGCCAAUGAAAAUGGCAUCUAUAGAUCUAACUAGCAAAAAAACAAAUUGCACGUGCAGCACACUUUUUUUUCUAAUUAGCAAAACAACAAAUUUGCACGUGCAGCACGCUUUUCGUCUUUCUUUGCCGUUGUUUUGCACAACUACAACGCUGUUUUGUAGGACUAAAACGUCAAACUUCCUAGUUGCACAUUAUUUUUAUGGAGGAAUUGCUUACCCAAUAUUUUGUUUCCUGUGUUCAUGUUCGCUUUUAUUUUUCACUGCCGCUCAUUUUCACCUUGCUGGCCACUAGCAUUUCUCAUUGUCUUACAGCCGCUUUGAAUUUUUAUGUUUUUCUUCCUACAAAAUUCUUCUUUUGUUUUUAGCUCUAGCUCAGUUUCUCUGUUAUCCACGUGAGUGUAAACAUCAAAAAUAACGUUGAAAAAGACACGACUUUGUUGUUGUUUUUUCUUUCUAAAAGUCCGGGCGGCCAUGCGAUUUCUUUCCAAUUAAAACCUUGAGUUGCAUUUGGGUUGCCAUACCUGUUAAUUGAAUUAUUUUACAUUGGAAUUUCUGUGGUGCAGACGGACGGUCGGGCAGGCGGGCGGGCGGUCGGUCGGUGUACGGUCACGUGAUUACCAAAUUUUCUCGGAUGGGUAGUUUACCACAUUUUUUUUACCCAUAGUGCUCCUCUGCGUGCUUCGCGCGCGAGAGCUCCGCUAUGAUGAGAAUGGUAAGAUUUCAUCCCUGUCGUGCUAAAAAACAAACAUUUUGCACAACUAUUUUUAUAUAGCGUCACAAGUAUAUGGCAAAGAAGCUGUAAACCUCAGAGCUCUCUAGUCGGGAAAGACAAAUUUGAUAGCUUUAGUUUUUAUUGUUUUAUUGCUACUGUUAGGACUUUUUAAUGAAUGAUAAUGGGAAAAGCGAUCACUUGUCAUGACGUCAUAAAUUCGCCAAUAAACAGUUUCCUACAACCUACAGUUAGCAAUUACGUCAGUACAAAAAAUAUAAUAUAACCUUCCAACUUUUAAACAGACAGUUUUUAAGUAUUAAAAACACACCACUGAAAGAGUGGCUGCCGUAGAAACAUCAUUUAUCAAAGACAAACGAUUAAGAUUGGAAAUUGGUUACGAAUUCUCUUGAACAUUAUAAGCUUCAGUUUUUUAUCAAUCGUAAAAGCGUUAUUCUCUUAAAAUUCACCUUAAUGUCUCUCCUUUUCUGUAUGCAGCAUUUGUCAAAUCCUAUUUUGAUAGUUUAUAUGAUGAAGAGAUUAUCACGGAAGAUUCUUUCAAAGCUUGGGAAAACAGCUCCGACGAAGAACCCGGGAAAGGUGUAACUGUUACUGCCGCUUCCGAGUUUUUCCGCUGGCUCAAGAGUGCCCCAAAGAAGCCUGGGGAGACUGCAGAUGAAGUGAGUAACAAGGAAACGCAACAAAUUAGCUCAGCUGCUGCUGACGAAGUCAAACCUGAAAGAAAAGAGAAAUCAGAGGAAACUGCAAAAGAACCUGUCACUGAUGUGAUGAAAUUUAAUAGUGAGUAUGUGUUAUAAAUAGUCAGCUAAUAGAAUUUGUUGAUUUUUGCAGGUUGAUUUCUCUCUUUCCAUGGGUAGCCCAGCACAAAUGCGGUAUCACCGCACUCAACAACCAUUGCAAGGACAAUUUGCCCCAGUGUCUGUUCCCUCACAGCCUCAAGGUUCUCCUUAUUUUCAACCGACACCUGUUUACCAGGUGGGACAGCCCACCCCACCCAUGUACAUUGUCAGAGCUCCUCCAGGGCCCAUGACGAGAAUGCCACACUAUCAAGCUCAAACAUUUGAGCCCCGUGCACGAGAAAGAAAAAUAAUCCAGAUAAAGAAUCCAAAUAGCAACAAGGAUGUGACGCACGAGAUUCUCAAUCAACAGCCUUCAGGGAGUUUAACAGGAAGCACUUGUGGUACCCCUAAUAACAUUUCAGGUUAGAAUAGUAGCUCAAGCAAAUCUCAGGGCACAGUUUGCAGCGCAGGUCGCAGCAACACUAGCUUAUUCAGAAGACAAGCCUAAAACACCAGAAGUUAUUAUUCAGAAAGCGGCAGUAAACAAUAAGGCAGUUGUGGAUACUGUUCAAUUAAAAGAGACAACAGUUACACAGAAAAAUGAAGUGGUAAAAGAAACAAGAACGAACCCUGCUACUGGGAGAGAUACCCAGCUAGCUGAAAAGCCUAUUGAAAAGCCUCUCGAAACACAGCCUAAAGAAGUGCAUGUGAAAACGUAAACCAAAGAAGCUGUGCAGCGCACUAAACUUGAGGGAGUUUCACCCAUUGAAACAAAGUCAAAUUUGCUUAAUAGAUGUUUGACAUGAGCGCUCGUGCUGUUAUUUGAUGCCUCCCCAAAAAAUCAGCGUCAUUUGUUUCCUUCGAAAAUGUUAAAGAAGGAACAUUUUUUUCUAUCUUAUUCAGACCUUUCGUAUGGACGAAAACUUGAUUUUUUUAUAACCGCCUAAUCUUUAACAUUUCCCUAUUUUCAAAUUAGCAUUGAGAUCAGGUAAGGAUUUUGGUGCGUAGUUCACCUGAUUUGUUUGCCUGGCAUGCGCUGAGAGCUUCGAUCUCAUACUCCGAGUUAUUAUUGCAUUAGUGCAGUUCUAAUACUGUCCAUACUGUUCGUCGCCUUUCUAUUCCCUUCUCUCAAAUUAAAUUUAGUUCUAUUCUACGUUGAAUUCACAAAAAGGAAGAAAUUCUUUUGUGCUUCAAUUAAGGCAAGCGUCUUCUACUGAAUCGUCCCCAGUCGUCUUACUGCCAAGUAACAGUGUCCCGAUUAUGCACACGCGCGAGCCUCAUCUGUUUUUUCUUCAAAAGACAAUAGAACUGUCAUAUUGACUCUACAAGAUUUCCUUUCGGACCGCACCGCCGACGGAGAUUUGUUGUUUAUAUUCUUAAGCAAUAUUCUAGACUUUCGAAGAAAUCCUUUGUCUUAUUUAAAAUUUGGCUCGCGGCACGAAGACUCAUCGCGAUUUUAUCGCUAGCGGGGCCGCCUCGCGACCCGAAAAUCUCUUUCCGCUCGCUUUAAAAACAGAUUUUCUAAUGUGAAACUCGUGUCAGAGGUUCCUAGUCCAGCCUGAUUUGCUCGCGUUCUAGCCUCAAACGUUUGAAAGACAUAAAUAAAAAUGCGAUCUCAACGCUAUGAAUCAUCGCAAAGGUUAGUCAAAAAUUAUAUUAUGAUUUCAUGGAACUAGUUUUUCUAAACAUGUAGCGCCUGUUUGUUUGAUUUUGUCGGCCGUAGGGAGGUUCAUUUAAAAGUUUACUAACGCGUCGUUGCAAAACAUUCUGCUUCACGAAGCUCCCUCCACAAGAUCUCCUCAGUCACAUCAAUGUCUCAAUGGUUUCUUUCUUACAGUCUUUAUUGUUGCUGUUUCAUUUCUACGUAUUCCUUUCACAAUUAUCUGAGCUUGUAUGGAAGCUAGCAGAAGAAAUAAGCCUUCAAUCGGCAUCAAAGCGCUUCCCAUAUUUUGGUCCUCCGGCCAACGGCAAUAAAAGUAACGCCAAAAAAUCCAGAUUUGGCCCAAAUCGAAACUUAACAGGAAUAAUAUAUCAUUGAUCUGUAAUCCUAAGAAGUUUUAGUGUAGUAUUGAACUCGGCCAAGCGCGAUGCAAACGGAUGUUUCAAGGUUCUCUUACUCUCCUCGCAUCUUUUGAUUUCGCGACAUCCUGUCCAAAAAUCAAAGUUUGGUGCAUGCGCAGUGACGAGAUACUGUUCCUUUAAAGUCUCCUAUUGAUAUUAGUCAGCUUACGCAACAGGAAGGCAAACGUUUGCGUGUGAUAAACGUGAUGGGGCCAUUACAAUGCACUGAAGUUACCAAAAAACGUUUUCUAGGAAUAUAGUUGCUUUGUAGGUAGAGAAGUAUUUUAGUUUUUGUUAGCGCCAACUUGAAAGGGAAAUGAAAUUUAAUGGCAAGACAUCAGGACAAACACAAACUCAAAAAAAAACUUUGCAAACCCCAUGAUUGGAAGGAAAUUUGCUUUGACGAAUAGAAGCAGUACCCAGAUCUUGGUAGUGCUUUUGUUUAGAUGAAAAGUUGCUUCAUCCAAUCUCCCAUCCCAGUGCUGAACUUCAACCUAAGUUUAAUUCUAUUCUUGCCUUCGUUAACUUCAACAGAGGUAAUUAAUCUAAAUUCUUGAAAACAAUUGCAGCUAAGAGGAAGAGGAAAAAACGAAAACAUCGUUUGAAGGAAAAAGAAAAGCUAUCCUCCAUUCCUCCGGGAAUGGAUAUGAUGGAAGCUUACACAGAAAAGCCCGUCCAGAAGGAGGUAUUUACUGGCAAACAAAAGAAUUUGUGUCUUCAUACGUUAAUAUGAUAGUAGUUGGUAGUCUUCCCUAUAACUUGUGUCGAAAAGUGCUGUUGGGCACUAGUCGAGCCGUUUUCUGGUCACCCCUACCUGCUAAAUGGUUGCCUACUAGUUGAGCACGGUCGAGCACUUCUGUUCCUGAUGCUUGGUCUGUUACAAUUCCAGACCAAUCCUUUAUGCCAGAUAAAACCUGGGAGGGGCUGCCAGACAUUAAAGCUUGUUUCUGUUUUAGCUUUAAAUAACUUGAAGUCACUAAUAGCAGCAAAAAAAUUGAAUCGGUCACGUAACACGAAUCUGAAUGAUUAGUGAGCGCAAUAAAGAAAUUCAGUCCUAAAUUGUCAAAAUAUGACGUAAACAGGUCAGGUCAGGUCUGCUCAAGUUAACAUGUACUUUUUUUCCUUUUUUGCAUUUUUCUCUGCUCGGUUUGAUUGAAUCGUAUUCAUUCUGGUAUGGUUUCAAUUGAUAGAACUCUUCGGCCCGCACUUAUUCAAUGUCAAAGUCCUCUAUGACCAUUAAAAUUGAAAUAAACAGAUCAUAUUCAUUUUCUAAAUUUUUGUCCACCUUCAUCAAAGCGUACCUGAACUUUCGUAGGUGUUUUUGAUUACAAGCUCUUACGUUAGUGGUAAAUUUGACAUGUUAAUAAACGAGACUAUUCAGUGUAUAAAAGGAAUGUGUCUAUAAAGAAGGAAUAACACUGUUCAGACUCAUUUAUGUCUUGAAUGGUAUAGGUACCUGGUGAUACUGAGGAGCAAGCUGCUGGAGAAACAACGCAGACGCCUCAUGAAGAAGGAGGUGAAGAGGAGCAGUCUGAAGAGAAGUUUCAAGGUAGUAAAUUACAGUCAAACCAGGCCAAGCGUUCCCGUCGCUAACGGACUAAUAAAUUCAUUAAUGGAAAAUUGUUUCCGUUCGUUGGUUCCGUAGUUUAUUCACGAAAUGAAUAAUACAAUAUUCAAAUCGAGCCUCGAUUCAAUAAUCGAAUGUUGAUUGGACUAAUAAACAAAAGCCGUGCCAUAUAUGGAGUGCUAGGAAAAGCAUGUUUCUCGUAACAUGGAGUUCUCUCCGGAGUUGAGUGUGAUAGAGCAGGUAGGUUAUUCUAUAGUUUAACACGCCAUUAGUAUAAAAUGUUGUUUACUUUUUCUACAGGCGUUGUUCCAUACGAUUCCUCUGAUUCCUAUUUGCAGUUUCGAUUUCACAGCAGUUGUGAAUAUUUGCGAAAGUGUACCACUUGAUCGAUCAAGCAUGCAUGCAACCUUUGUGUAUUUUCUCAUUUCCUCUUGCAGUCUGUAAAAUGCACUAAGAAUAACCGUGAUCUUUGACUUUUCAGGACAAAAUCGUUGUCUCGGUUGAAUUCAACGAAGUCAGGAAAGUGACAGAAUUCAUGAAAGAUCGACCAAGAGAGACUUAGCGGAAGAUACAUUUGGCAUACAUGUACAGCACACUGUUUCGUUGCAGGGUUAUGAUAAGGAGUGGUGAGAGUUCGUCGACGUCGAAAUAAAAGACCUGAAAAACCGAGAUAAAAUGAAAGUCAUGAUUUUGGAAAGCUGCUUGCACACCACAAAACCGCGUAGUCACGCUGAGCAGUUGUGUACACCAUUGACAGAAACAAGCGGAGCGACCGUUUCCAUUUGUGAAGGCGGUGAAAAGGCCGUUGACAGACUGCUGCAAAACCUCGAAGACCGCAAAAGCUCGCUGGAAUACCGUCUACAAUUAGCCCAAGAGACUUUAACUUCCUUACAAGAAAGCUUCAGACAUGGCCUUCCCACUCUCGUAAAUCCUUCCCAAACUGUUUCGCCUGCCCGCCAUUUUUUCAACUGGAGCGAGGGAGGAGCGUGGUGUCCAUAUAUGGCAAGGCUUUUGUUUAUUAAUCCAAUCAACAUUCGAUUAUUGAAUCGAGGCUCGAUUUGAAUAUUGCAUUAUUUAUUUCGUGAAUAAACUGCGGAACCAACGAACGGAAACAAUUUGCCAUUAAUGAAUUUAUUAAUCCGUUAGCGACGGGAACGCUUGGCCUGGUUUGACUGUAAGAUCACUUUAACCCUUUUACUCCCAGAUUGACCUGUUACAUGGUACUAUUAGUCUUACCGCAUGUUAACAAAUGAAAUUUGGAAUUUCUGUGGAAUUGUGACUUUAAUCACUUCUGGGGGAAAAGGGUGAGUGAUGGAUUAUGCUGGUAUUAGUGAUGCACUGAGGUGAUAAGCUUCAGACAUAACCAAUCACCUAAACUGCCUCACUGAAAUUAGUAAAACAGGUUCUCCCAUCUCUUAUCAGAUGAGCGAGUUGUUUAGAUAUUGCUUUAAUUUGAAUGAAGGAAUUCAGAGGGAAUAGUACAGUAUGUGCUGUUGACAUUGUGAACUUUUUCACAUGAUAUGCUCAUUCAGGUGCACUGUUUUUGUAAACUUUCUAUCUUUGACAGUCAUAGUAAACAGGCCUGAUGAAACCAUUAGACUUCCAUGCAACUGUACUGUAAUAUCCCUGCUUAUUCAAACAGAAAGCGUAUGAGAACAAAGGAAACUCUCGUCAAAGAAAACGUAUCUAUAUUUUUUUCCUGUCGUUAGUUCGCACUACGUAUUUAACUUUACGAGAGAUAAGGGCGGAACGAUCUUUGUGGAACAUGAGAACACAGUUGAGGGAAAUGAAAGAGAAACUGGAGGUAAAAGAUGAGCAACUGAAAAGGACAGAAGACCAACUGAGAGAGAAAGAUGAGCAACAAGAAUCUUUGCAAAGACAGCUGACAACUUUGCGAGCAGAGAAAGAAACGAAAGAGAAAGAAAGUGCAAAAUUCCAAGAGCAGCUCGGUAUAAAGCUGAAGGAACUUACUGACUUGGAAAAAGAGUUUAGAGAUAGCGUCCAAGAUCAGGUAGAUCUAAAGAGAGACCUCUCUGCAGCUAAAGAAAAGUUAAGUAAAUUUGAAUCCCAGUUAAUGACACGUGACUGGAUAAUUUCUCGGCAUGAAAUUGAAAUUAUGACUGAUAGAAGCCUCGGAGAGGGAGGAUACGGAAAGGUUUUUAAAGGAAGAUAUCGUGGUUUUGUCGUUGCAGUAAAGAAACUGAGAGACUUUACUUUAAAUGCUGGAGGACGUGAUUUGUUUGAACGCGAAAUGGACAUUGCUUCAAGGUGCCGUCAUCCAUGCUUGUUGCAAUUCAUUGGUGCCACUCAAGACGAAACGCCUUUGCUUGUCACAGAGUUAAUGGAAUUGAGUUUACGAAAGUUGUUAAGGGAACGACAGCUUUCCGAAAAAGAAAUCGUUGUCAUUUCUUUGGACGUGGCUCACGCCCUUAACUACCUUCAUAACAGAAAAAUUGUUCAUCGUGACGUCAGUAGUGCUAAUGUGUUGCUCUGGAAACAAAAUGACCAGUGGCGAGGCAAACUGGGAGAUUAUGGCACCGUUAAAUUCUUGCAAGAGGUGAUGACAAAGUCUCCUGGAGCUAUGAUUUACAGCGCCCCUGAAGCAGGAAGUCCUUUCAACCAAACAGUUAAGGUUAGUGGUUGUUGAUAGAAAUACCUGUCACACAGCAGAGUGAUUUCACUUUUAAAAUAUUAAAUAAACAGCUCAAUCAGCUUCUACUUACAUGGAGUUACCGAAUGUCACAGAGUCUGCACAGUCCUUUAAAGGGAUGUCUGUUUUUAAGGUUCCUCUGAAACAAAGGUCAGUAAACUAACUGCUCUGAAAGUGAAGAAAGGAUGCACCUAUGUCUAGCCCCUGCUUGUAGAUACGGGAAAUUUAAAAGCUGACAUUUGUGUUUUAAGUCUUACCAGCGAGAUGUCCCUGAAUGUCUUUACCUCAUUACUUGAAAAGGACUUCUCGCCUAUAGAAUUUUUUCUCAGAAUGGAGAGAAUCAGUGAAGGAAGUCAUUUGUGAAAGGAAAUCAAGCGGUUACCGUCCAUUUUAAAAGAGAAUAUACUUCAGGCGAAGUUACCUUUGUUAGCCUUAUACUUAUUUAACACAAUAAUUUGGUUUUAACAACUGAGUCAAUUUUAAGACUUAAAAUUAAAAGUUAGAGGACUAAAUCAAUAGCAAGCUCUUGUGUUUCAGUCUCUCACCGACACAGCACACAACUUUCUCUUAAAACAAAACCCUAUUUGUUUUGUUUAUUUCUUUGUGCGUGUGGCGCGACGUUUCAGAGGGAAUUACUUAAACAAUAAGCUCGGACAGCAAUGUUUGUGCGCAUCCUCCAGACUUCAAUUCUUGCCGUAUUGUCACUCCAAGUAGCCUUCUAGCGCGUGCAGUUGACAGCCAUUGCUUUCCCUUGACUUAAGUCUAGUUCAGUUUCUCUCUAAAAUUAUUCCCACCUUUACGGACAGAUAGAGCAAACAAAUCAAGAUGGAAAGGUUAGAAAGUUCUCAUUUUUUUACGAAAAACCAAAAACAAAACAACCGGCACUGCGCGAUAUGUUGCGUCAUUUCCAUAGUCUAUAAUCUCAUAGACCAUAUAGCUCUCAACCAAUCAGCGCGCGAGGAUUCGCUCAGUUAUUGUAAAAUACUCGUUAGGUAACUUUAUGAAUGGUCACAAGUCGAAUCAAGUUGCUUAAUAGGCCAAAACAUGAUAACUGUUAGAGAAAAUUGGCUCUAGGGGCGUUAUCUGUAAUAUUUAAGGAUAACAAACACCAAGGUCAUUUCCAGUAAUAAUGAUCUGUGAUGAGGCAAUCAAGAUAAUCUGAAAACAUACUCUCUCCUCAAUAGAUUUGGUGAUCUCAAAUCUUUUUGGCUAUUCUAAGUAACUUUAGUGAACGUUUGCAACCACGACCGAUUUACUUCUCGUGUCGUCAUCCUGAUUUUAAUGCUUCGAAAAUGACUGUGAUGUACACCUUGUGCGGAACGCCAGGGCCAAAAUUAGAAUCACUCGAAAAUUUCAUGUAGAAUUAAUUGUUGAAGAAGGAUUUUAAUUCGAAUAAAAAUGUGGCCAUGUUUUUCAUUUUUCUUAGAGACCUUACCUACGGGAUUGAAACCUAUUUAACGCUCUAAAAAAUGGGAGAGAAACAAAUUGAAAAGUGGCCAAACUGCAAAAGUUGCCCCUUUAGAAAAGCAAGGGUAGUUUCCGAUCUGCAAGCAAAUAGUUUUAGGUUCUUUUUGUUUGAAUGGGACCAGAAAUCAACGCUUGACCACGUUUUUCUGCAAGUUGUGCAACGACGAAUGGGUUACGGAAAAUACGGGGCAUACGAUAUCAUUUAAAUGGAAAAGGUAAAACAUGUUUUUUUUUUGUUUAGAUUGAUGUUUACAGUUUUGGCGUCCUCUUCUGUGAAAUGUUUACAAGGAAAAUUCCAUUUUCUUAUGAACGUAAAAAACACGUCGACCUUGUGCCGAACAGGCCAGGCGGGGAGUUCCAGGAUCUGUUGCUGUGGUGUACAGAAGAAGAUCCAGCAAGGAGGCCAAGUAUGGAAACAGUUAUAAAGAGAUUGGAAACUUUUAUAACGACAAUUUAGAAUUUGUUAGAAAAGUCGUGUUAGAAUGACAUUAUUUGAUUGUAUUUUUUAAUUUAGAAACCUUUUUACGAUUCUAAGAAUUAGACUUAAUGAUAAAAAUUUAGAGAAAUUUAUACAGAUAUUUUACAGAUAUUAUUAACCCUGGGCGGUAGGCGGGAGAUAAUACGAGGGAAACGAAAUUCGGAAGUUGAUUCCCAGGAAAAAUUGCGAAUCGUGUGACGGGCGACAGUUAGGCUCCAUUUAAUCGGAUCUUAUAACUUGGUUGUUUUUCUAACUUAAUUAAAAGCCUACAUCACAACUCUACCUGCCCAAUUAAAAUUGCUUAAAAACAAACUCAUUAUGCGAGAGGUGUGCGACCCCUACAAAAAACAAAGCGACUGUAUCUUAAGUCCACAGCUGGUUUUAAUCUUUAUUAACGACCCACUUUUCGCAUUUGAAAAUACAUUAUCUGAUCCUUCCGUUUUGCCAAACCGGUGCAAAGUAAAAUCUCUGUUCUAUGCAGACGAUUUAGUUAUUUUAUCGCAAUCCAAAACAGGAUUACAUAUUAAAUUGCCUCGAUAAACUGUCUUUAUACUGUACUUCAUGGAUGAUGAAAAUCAAUCCCCGGAAAACUAAGAUUGUAGUUUUUCAGAAACGUGGGAGGAAAAAUGAUGAUUUUCGCUUUCUUGUAGAUAAUCAAAUUAUUGAUGUUUUACAUGAAUACACUUACUUGGGAACUCGAAUGUUCUCGUCGGGAAAUGUCUCAGUGUUAUGUGAACAUCUCAAGGAGAAAGCUCUUCAUGCCCUCCUCAGCGUGAGACGACACACAAAUCUUAGCAAACUCAGUAAAAGCAGCUCUUGUCCGUAAAGUAUUUGAUACGAUGAUCUCCCCUAUUCUAACAUAUAACAGUGAAAUUUGGGGUGUGUAUACCAAACCAGGUUUUGAGACCUUGGACGGCUCACAAAUCGACAAGACACACCUCCAAUUUUGCAAACGUUACUUAGAAGUAAACAACAAGGCUUCUCAAACAUAUAGCUUGUAGAUCAGAACUAAUCGUUUUCCUUUAAAUAUCACUAUCAAUCAAAAAAGUCUCAACUACAUUUUGUAUAUUCAGUCUAAAUAUGAAGAAUCUUUCGUCAAACAAUCUUUUUUAAUGUCAUUUGACUUACACUGUAAUGGCAGAAAUAGCUUCCACUCUCAUUUGAUGAACAUGUCUCAAUACUUUAACCUAUACCUGGCUUUAACUCUGAUUUAUUGGAUACCGCUAUUGAAAAAAGCUAUUUAAGUUCAAUAAAACAGGAAUACAUGUCAUAUUGACAAAACAUCCUUCACCGUUCUCAAAAACUUGAAUUCUAUAGAUCUUUUAAAACCCAUGAUCAUACCACCUUAGUUACUUAAACUUAACAAGAGGGAAACGUGGGAGAGGGGCUUUAGUAAAACUACGAAUAAGCAAUCACAAACUAAUGAUAGAAAUAAUUAGGUAGAUACGAUCAACCUACGAAAGAUAAUAGGCGUUGUCCUUUUUGUGGAUCCAGUCUAAUAGAAGACGAAGAUCACUUUCUUUUUUGUUGUCCCUCAUACUCUCUGAUUAGGAAUAAUUUUUAUGAUAAAAUCAAGACUCUGAUUCCAAAUAUUACCCAGUUACCUGUAAACGUUUUGAUCAAUGAAAUGAUGAACUCCUUUAAUUACUUUAUCAAUAUACAAUUCAUGAAAUAUAUUUCAGCUUGCUUUUAGUUUCGUUACAAAUUAUUACCAAAGUAACUUAAUUGCCCUAUGAUGUAAUUUUGGUUUAAAAUAGCUUUUGCAAUACUGUACUGGCAGUUAAUAAGUGCAUUCUUAGAUUUAUUUUACAUGAUUAUACUUCUCACAACACCACUUUUCUUAACUAGGUUGAAAUGACUUCUUUGUAUAACAAGCGCAUUCAGAAUUUCUUAAUACUAGUGCACAAGAUCAGAGUUUUUUAUUUAAUGAGUGUCCGACUUAUAUGAGGAAUAUGUUUACUGUUCGCUAUACGACCUAUAAUUUUCGCGGUACCCAUGUGUUGACUCUAAGCAAGCCUAGAACAACAACCUAUGGACUACAGUCUUUUUCUUAUUUUUCCGCCCAGCGAUGGAACGAUCUUCACGACGAAUUAAGGAACUGUACUUUUAAUGAUUUUAAGCGACGUCUUCAAAGUCUCAAUGUGUUUGAUUAGUUUUCACUAAUUUUUGUCUUAUUUUGUG